AUGGAUGGAGACAGACUUCCCAUGAGUCCCCCUGGGACUGAGCUGGAGUCUAAGAACUACCAGUAUGUGCUGGCCUUUGUUUUUGCCAUUGAGGAGAUCAACAAGAAUCCUCACCUCUUACCCAACAUGUCUCUGGGAUACGAUCUCUACAACGUCUUCAAUGACCGCACUGUUUUGGAGAAUUCCAUAGUUUGGCUCUCAGGACUGAAGAAGAGAAUCCCCAAUUACACCUGCAGGAGAGAGAGCAAGUCUGCGGCGGUACUGACACAGACCACCUUGUCAGCAUCUCUGAAGUUUGGGACUUUACUGGAGCUCUACAGAAUCCCACAGCUCACCUAUGGGCCUUUUGAUCCUAUCCUGAACAACCAUGGUCAGUUCCCUUCUCUCUAUCAGAUGGCCCCCAAGGACACAUCUCUAGCCCGUGGCAUGGUCUCCUUGAUGCUUCAUUUCAGCUGGAACUGGGUAGGGAUGAUUAUUUCAGAAGAUGAGAAAGGUAUUCAGUUUCUCUCAGCCUUGAGAGGAGAGAUGGAGAGGAACAGAGUGUGCAUUGCCUUUGUGACUAUGAUCCCAAGCUCCUUGCUGCUGUUUCUAAGACGUAAUACGUACCACAGACAAAUUAGAACAUCAUCGGCCAACGUUGUUAUCAUUUUUGGUGCUGAUGACUCCUACAUAGGUAUAGCCUUUAAACAAUGGGACUAUUUCAUCACAAGAAUAGUCUGGGUCACCACCUCGCAAUGGGAUGUUACCACCAGCCGCAAACAUUUCUUUCUUGACUCAUUCCAUGGGACUCUCAUUUUCUCUCACCACCACAAUGAGAUCUCUGGUUUUAAAAAUUUCACCCAGACAGUGAAACCUUCCAAAUACCCUGAAGACAUUUUCCUUGCCAGAUUGUGGUGGAGGUUUUUUAAUUGCUCAGGCACAGAGUCUAACUGUAAGUCGCUGGAGAACUGUUCAUCCUCCAGCUCCUUGGAAGGAUUACCUGGGCAGAGCUUUGACACGACCAUGAGUGAUGUAAGCUAUGAUAUCUACAAUGCAGUGUAUGCCGUGGCUCACACCCUGCAUGAUAUGCUCCUUCAACCAGUAGAUGUGAAACCAACCCAAAAUGGGAAAGGAUUGAUAUUUUCCCCCUGGCAGCUUCACCCUUUCCUGAAGAGCGUCAGAUUUAACAGUCCUGCUGGAGAACUGGUGAAUAUGAAUCAGAAAGAAAAACUAGAUGCAGAGUAUGAUAUUCUCAACUUUUGGAAUUUUCCAGAAGGACUUGGACUUAAGGUGAAAGUAGGAAAGUUCUCCCCACAUUUUCCACAUGGUCAACAAUUGUCUUUAUCUGAGGAAAUGAUAGAGUGGGCCUCACAGUUCAGACAGACUCCAAGCUCUGUGUGCAGUGCAAGCUGUCACCCUGGAUUCAGGAAAAUCCUUCUGGAGGGAAAGCCUAUCUGUUGUUAUGACUGCAUACGCUGUGCAGAGAAUGAGAUUUCCAAUGAGACAGACAUGGAUCAGUGUCUGCGGUGUGCAGAUCAUCAGUAUCCCAACAGACAGCAAGAUCUCUGCCUCCAAAAGGCUGUGACGUUUCUGGCUUAUGAAGACCCCUUGGGGAAGGCUCUGGUUGGCACCGCCCUGAGUCUCACUGUCCUCACAGCUGCUGCACGGACCGGAAGCGAUGCAGGAAGGACCCGGCGGGGAUGGCGGCACCAGGACCGCUCCUGCAGCACCACCGCGGGAGCCCUCGGCAGCGGCGAGCCCGGUGCCCUGACCUCCACCUUGGACUGGCGGCGAGGCAGGAGGAGUCCGAAAUCCACGGAACCAGGCCCUGGCAGCGGGCUCUGGGCUGGGGCCCAGCGCUGCCGGAGGAUGACGCCCUCCGCGCUGCAGGUUGGUGCCCUGCCCCCCACCACCCCAGAACCACCUCUGCUGGGAGUGGCCUGCACCCCAAUAAACCGUUCCCAGUGCUCCGCUGUGCUCUGUUCUUUCCACCCGCGGGAGGCCUGGCCAGGACUGGGGCUCCCGUGCACCCCCAGGCGCCCGAGCUCAGAGUCCGACUGGCUGCGGGGUGGCAGUGGGGAGCGCCGGCGGCGUAGUGGGGCAGGCCCUGGGUUCCGUGCCCUGCACCCCGAGACAGAACGAUCGAGGAUCGGAGCAGACUGGAGGGACGGGCCAGCAGGGCCCCAGGCUGGCCGGCUGGGAGCGAGGCGGGGCUCCUCCCCCGGGCCUCAGGGCGCAGCGAGGCCUGGGGUUCAGCCGGAAUCCCUGCUGGGUUCAAACCCUUGGCCACCGCGCCCGGGCACCGGGGCCCAGCUUCGGCCUCACAGUCGGGGUGCAGUUUCGGGUCCCCGAGCCUUGGGGACCUCGCAGAGCGCUGGUGACAGCGACCCGAGCAGCCCGGCGCGGCAGGGCCGGGAGGACCGAAGGACGGGCGACACCCCCGCCCGGGCCGUGCGGGCACUACCCGGCCUCUGGCCCUGGGGUCGUCUGACCGCCGCCGAGAGCCACUCCUCCGGCGACAGGGCUGGGUUCUGCUCCCGGGCCGCAGCGUCCCUCCGAGGCGGCAGCAGCGGGAGGGCGGGGCCUGGGCACCAGGAGGCGCGGACGGUACCCGUGCGGGCGGGCAGGGCCCUGGCGGGGCCGGGGCUGCAGCGCUUCUGCCCGCGAGCUUGCUCUUCGCUCGGGCGGAAAAUCUCUGCCCCGCUCUCUCCCGUCCUCCGCCCCCUCCUCCUUCUCCGCCUCCUCUUCUCCUUUCUUCUCUCUCUCCCCACUGAGGUGGAACCCAGGGCACCCCAGCCUCCCCUUCGUUUGGUCACCUGUCUGAGCUCUGUCACCGCUCCUUCCUGACCCCACCUCUUUUUGGGGCACUGGGGACCGAACCCAGCGCCUUCCCACUGCGCUGCAUUGCCAGCCCUUUUUUCGGUUGUUUUUAUUUUGUGACGGGGCCUCCCUAGAUGGCCCAGGCUGGGCUCGAACUUGUGAUCCUCCUGCCUCAGCCUCCUUCCUUAUAAUACUCCCUGUCCGCAGCACAUCACUUGUGUGUCCUUCCCUCCCCAGUGACAGGGACAGAGUCUGACACCGCCACACACUGUCGAUGCUCAGACUUGAGCUGUGUCCCAUUCUGGCAGUGCUGCUGGGUGACGUUGGGACUGUUACUUAACCUCUCCGGACUGUGCAGUUCCUUCAGCCUCAGGAAUAAGAAAGCACGGUGGCGCACACCUGUGAUCCCAGACUCAAAAGGCUGAGGCAGGAGGAUCAUUGAAGCCCAGCCUG